AACGCUCCGCUGGAUGGCCUUUUCAACCAGUUUCGAKCUUGAAUGGCUUUAAUUGAUGCGGGAGAGGCUGAUCACCACUCCUUCRAAGGUUCUUGACUUCAUCACCCUUCCUGACUGAUYAAUAUCAAUGGCUUUGCUUCUCAUCUAUUUUUGAAUUUAUUUAGAYCAGGAGAUCAUGUGUAGCCUUCUCAUCUUUUAGGCGAGGUGGCCAGUGAAAUUAAAUUCAACUUCCCAAAUAAAUGGGGUCAAGUCGAGUUAAUGCAUGGUUUAAMARGCGAGAUCAUUACUUUUGGGUGACUUAACAACUAAAUAAMCUUUGUUCUUUUAUGGCUGUAGGGGAAAGUGGAAGUGGAGGCAGGAAAAGAGGAGAUGAAGUUUGAAGCAGGACCAUUCUCCUUCUACGGGAUGAUGGCUCUGACAGCGCCACCUGUGCCGUUGUCUCUGUCUCGUACAUUCACCGUCAGUAGGGCAGAAUCAUUAGCGGGAUCUCCAGAGAACAAGUCUCCUCCACGCUCAUUUGGCCUGAACCACUCAGACUCCCUGAACAGGAGUGAUCGCAUAGAGGCCAUCACGCCAACGCUGGGCAACAGCAACAACCAGCUCAACUCCUUGCUUCAUAUGUACGUCCCCGAUUACUCUGUCAGAGCGAGGUCGGACCUGCGGUACAUCAAGGUAACGCGCCAGCAGUACCACAAUGCCGUGAUGGCGUCACGGAUGGACAAGACGCCCCAGUCCACGGACAGCGAGCUCACCAAGAUCGAGCUCACGCUGACGGAGUUUCACGACGGCGUGGAGACCCCGGCCAUCGUCACCACCACGGCCAGCACCACGAGCACCUCCCCCGCCGUGGCCGUCGCCACGGCCAAUGAGACGUCCCACCUGCUGACCCCGCAGCAUAACUGUGUGGGCCAGAACCUGGGCCUGAGCUGGAGCAACCACAGCGCCCACAAUGAGGGACCCAUGUAGCCCUCAACCCCCCGCUGCGGCCGGUGGAGAGACCCUCCACCUUGUCCCCUGGACACGCAUGGAGCAGUGGUGUUAGGUGAAGAGGGAAAGUGGGCGGAGUCAGGGUUCUGCUCCAACCUGAAGCCCCAGUUCAGUCAGUGAGACCUUUCCACUGUAGGGGUCGAUGGCAGCAGCGGGGACGAUGGGUCACCAGAACCCCCCCCCCCUCUCCCCCCGCUGUACUGACAGAACCAGUGAAACGAGUUUUUCAACGGACUGGAGGACAACGGAGUGCAGGUCCGCUCGCAACGUAAUGCAAAGCUCGCUGGACUUUCUCCUCAGGCCAAAGACUUUGGUCCCGCCCCCAUCCUCCUCCGUCCCGACACACUGAAACAAACCCUCCGCUCCAGUGCUCCCUGCAGGGAGGCUCAGGCGACUGCUGGUCCAAUCAGACUCACACACAGAGCGACGGUUCGUCACAGACUGCACCAAAAGAAACCGCUAAACCGAGAACCAAGAAUGUUUUUUUUCUUGUAUUUAUUUAUUUUAUAAUAUUGUUUGUAUAUAUGUACACGUGGAGAAGUGAAAAAAUAAACUAAGAGCAUGCAUCCCCAGAACAUGCUACAUAUAUGAACACCCACUCAUGUAUAUGAGGAGGUGAGUCUUUUACAGAAACACUAUGUACAUUGAAGAUCUAUUAUUUUUACUAUUAUCUUAAAUCAGGCUUAUAGUAUCUUUUACACCUUUAAAAAAAAAAGAAAAAAAAAGCAAAUCACACUAUUGCCUUGGAGAGAAAUUCUGUAAUUAGAUACUUUAACAAAGUGCAAUGAACAAUGAUUUAUUUAAGAGAUGAUUAUAAAAGAUGAUUCAGUGUAUUCUAAGUUGGCAGAUGUAUUUGUAUGUUUGUGCUGUCUGUACAUUUGUUUCUGAGACGCGCUCAGCUGCGUCUCUUCCUCUUUGUCUCUGUCGCGUUUUUGACCGACCUCAAGCACGUCUGGCUCAAGUGACGCCUUCACCAGUUACUGCAGUGUAGUUUGGGUGGGGAGGGAGUGAAAGUGCCAACCAACAAAGGUAUCUAUGCAUGAGAGGUUCAAGUGUUUUUAUGCCUUUAGUUCAAUCAAACGUGAGAACUGCACAGUAUUAACGGCCUCGUCCUAACACGUCAGAAAGAGCAACCUCGACAUUAAAUGAUGCACAGCUAAUGCUUUUCCAUUGUUUUGCUUAUAAAUAUGUCUGGUUUUGUUUUAAUUCUGUUUUUUUUUUUUUUUUUUUAGCUGGUUUGGACAACGUGACAGACACCAGGCUGUCACGUUGUUUUGGCUUCCCUGCAGAUUGUAGUUAAUAACCCAAGCUUAUUAGUUAUUGAGUUGAUCCGAUUUUAAGAUGUUCUUCAACAAUGCUGGCUGCUAUUAAAGAGACAUAUUUAUACAUCGUUCUGAUUUUUACCGGAGGUAAGCUGAUUGUGUUUCAUUUGCAUGAUUAAAACAUAUUUUAAAGGAUAUUCCAGGGAUGGGCAAUUUGAACUAAAAACUGCUCUUAAGGUUACACCAGUUAUAGGAUUAUUUUGUAAAUAUUGGCUCCCAACCUCUUGUAUAACUUAUGAAAAUAAUAACACAAGUCAAACAACAAACCUCUUCCUGAAGAUGUCUAAAAUAAUUCUUUAGUUAAGGAGAAGCUGUCCCGUAAUCAACGAUUUUGCAUGUUUAAGCCUUUUAAUGUUGACUGGUGUGAACAUGGGAAGUGACAGAAAAGCAACAAAAUAACUAAAACUGAAUCUAAUCUUGUUCCUGACUAGCAUUAAGCAAACAGCACAGCUGUUAUUGAUCAUGUUGUUUCAAUUCUUGUUAUCGAUAAACCUCAUGAUGAAAACCUUUUCAGCCAUGAAUUAGCUUGUUGAAAGCUAAUGAAUUCAUGCUAGCUAUCUUUAGCUAGCUGUGCUACGGUCCCUUUCUUCCAGUGUCUGUCAACUAUACAGUUUUAUUUAUGAAGUAACCAAUUGUUGCUAACUUCAUCUUUAAAGUGAUUCUAAAGCUAGAAUAAAAACAACAUUUCGGGUCUAAUAUGUUUGAAAUCCACCUUUGGACAGAUACUUAAGUAUUAAAAAAGUCUUUACCUAUCCCUGGGAUGUUCAGAGAAUUUGUUUUAUUGGAAAAUAUUGACUUAAUUUCUUGUUGAGUCAGCUCAAAGAUGUCUGCUUUAGACUUGGAGGAGAGGCAGGACAAGAAUGAACCAAGAUUAAAUAUUUAUAUUAUGCAAAAAGUUGAAUUGUUUAUUUGUUUCAGACAAAAAAAUAAAUAAAAAAAGCUUCUUCCCAUCUAGCUUAACAAGCAGUUCUGUUCAUGUUUUCCAAAAUUUGUAGUCUCUUGCCAUUUUUUUUAUACUUUACCUCACAGGACAGAGUUUUAAUGCACUGUGUGCUGGAAAGUAAAGUAACUCUGUGCAGAUGUUAAUGAAAAUAGGAGUUUCCACGCCUGUUCAUUCACAUGUUGUUUUUCUUUUUGUGAGUUUUUUUCUUAUUUUAUAGCAACAUGAAAAUGUCUCUUAAGGCUGAAUUAGUCUCUUUAAAAUGUAAUUCCCGAUAGUAACCACUGGUGGUCGCUGUUUCUUCGUGUUUUUCCAUGUGAGCGUGUUUUGAGUGUGUGUUAGAAAGCCUGGGAAAUGAGACAAAAUAGUCCACCCAUCUGCUCCGCCACGAAAGGGCGUCCCCUCCUGUUUCAUAAGCAGACACAGAUAGCGUCUGCUCAGUUUGCAGCUGUUCUUUUUUGUUUGUUUGUUUUUUUUUAACUAUUAUUGUUGUUGUUUACUUAAAAGUGCUCCUUACGCAGCAAUCCCAUCCUGCUCUGCUGGAACAAUCGCUCCCCUAAGAUAAAACAAUGUUUGAGUGCAGCAUUUAAACAAGGCCGUGGGUCCCAGUGCCUAACAAAAGAAUAAAUAGCGCGGCAGUUCAAAACGACAAAUAUUAUUUUUUUAAUGAACGCACAACAGGAAACAGUGUUGGGGCAUCUGCUGUGACGGGGUUUAUAUUAAUACUCCAUAAAAUAGAAAACAUGCAUUCUCCUUUGUUCUAAGCUAACAACUCCAUCAUUUGAGUGAAUGCUGUGGUGUGUUUUUACCUGCUCUGAUGCUUCUACCUGAACACGACAUUCCUGUUGCCUCUUUCAGCUGGUGGUUUAAUAAAAAAGUGAAUGAUUAA